AUGUUGUGGAAAGUUCAGUUUUCUCCUUUUAUAAAAAAAGCUAAUUUCUUUUGGACGAAUUUUGAAAUUUUCUCAUCAAGAAAUAAUCUGAUUGGACGAAUUUUGAAAUUUUCUCAUGUUGUCAUAAUUUCUUUUGUUGUAAUCAAUUCGUUCAAGUCUCUUCUUAAUAUUGUUACCGCGAUUGAUUUUUAUUAUUUAUUUUGUGUGUGGAACACACGGGUAUAUUCGGCCCACACCGUACCUACUUCCAACGUCAAUCCUCCAUAUUCCAAGGCUUUUUAUGAUUUGAAGGAAUCGAUUGUGAAAGGGUUAGGGUUUACGGCGAAAGAUGGUAUCAAGAUUAUGAGAUUUGAACCGAGAGAAGCUCGGGUUGGACAUUUUGUAGAAUAUCAAUUUGAUGUUGAAAUUGAUAAUAAGCUUGCUGGACCCAUGGAGCUUUGGAUUCAGGAUGAUAAGGAUAUGAGAAUUUCUCUCCCUCAUGAUGUAGAAGCUGGGGUCUUGAAGAAAGUGGUUUUGGCCGAUGGUGUUGUGGUUACUGUGAAAGGUGCAAGAAUAGUGAGUCUUAUUGACAAGAAGAGGGUCUUUAUAUCUGUUCAACAUUUUCACCAACCCAUAAUCAAAUUUCAGACACCCAACACUUUGAAGAAGCUCUAUCUAACAGGUGCAUCAUUCAUAUCUGCAAUAAUUGUAUUUGGUGGGCUUAUUGCACCCAAGGCAGAGAGAACUCGGAAAAUGGGGGCAUGGUAA